UUGGACACCAACCUUCAGACUGCAGGUACCCGUGGGCUUGGAGAGCUGGUCAAGGACACCCUCUCCCUGAGGUCUCCCCGGGCCCACAGCGUCGUGCCUGCCUCCUGCUUUCUGUGCCAGGGAAGCAUCCCAGAGCUGAACCUGCAGCACUGUGGCCUGGGGCCCCAGGGGGCCUAGGCUCUGGCUUCCACACUGACCUCCAAUCCCUGUGUCAAGUGGCUGGACCUUCGGGACACUGGGCUGUGUGGGGCUGGUGCAGGGCUGUGUGGGGCUGGUUCAGAGGCCCUGGCAGGUGCCCUGAGCAGAAGCAGCAGUAUCUAUGUGAACCUGUCAGAGAACCAGCCGGGAGUGGUGGGCGCCCAGGCUGUGUGUGCUGCCCUCACAGUGACCCCGGCCAUGCAGAGGGUACAGCUGGCAGGGAACGGCCUGGAGGAGCAGACGGCCCAGUACCUUGCUGAACUCCUGCUGGCCCACAUGGGCCUGAAACCCCUGGACCUGAGCUACAGCCAGCCGAGUGACCAAUCAGGGUGAACACUUGGACCAGCCCUGGCAGAAAACAUAGGACUCACUGAACUUGACAUAAGCUGGAGUCACAUUCGAGGCCCUGGAGCCAUGGCCUUUGCCAGGGGACUGGAGGAAAACAUCUUCCUGAGAGUCCUGGACAUCUCAUACAAUGGCCUUGGAGAUUCUGGAGCCUCCAAGGUGAAUGAGGCACUUAAGACCAACAACAUGUUGGAGGAACUUGACAUGAGCUCAACAACCUCAUCUGCAGUGGGAGCCCUGAGCCUGGGCCUGGGCCUCCGGGUCAACCUGACACUGAGGAUUCCUGUUGGGAGUGCUGGCCUGAUGGGGGAGGCACCAGCACAGACCUGGGACCCAGUGUCUGCCCCGGAGCUGCUGGAUUUCUCUGAUGUCCAGGUGAGCAGAGAGUUUGAUGACCUCGCCAGCUCAGUGAAGGUCACUCUUCCAGGGCUUUGCAGGAAGACUGCUGCCCCCAGAGCAGAGCACAGAACAGAGUUGCUGCCUGCCUUCAGCCCAUCCCCACCAGCGUCUGUCCCUAAAUGA